CAAUGAGAAGAGUUGUUGUGUCAGACGUGAUUAGAUUUCAAAGAAGAUGGCGGGCGUUCUACAGGCAGCCAAAAACUCUAUCACGUUAAAAGGGUCCGCAGAAAUCGUGGCAGAGUUUUUCUCGUAUGGUAUAAACUCCAUCCUGUACCAGCGAGGUAUCUACCCGCCGGAAACGUUCAGUCGUGUGCAGAAGUACGGCCUGACGUUAUUGGUCACGACAGACAACGAGCUGAAGACAUACCUAAACAAUGUGCUGAUGCAACUGAAAGACUGGCUACUGGACAAGACUGUAGAGAAGUUGGUUGUGGUGGUGACAAGCAUCGAUACACAAGAGGUGCUGGAGAGAUGGCAGUUUGACAUUGAGUGUGACAAGACAAUGGCAGAAGAUAGUAAACCUCGGGAGAAACCACUGAAGGAAAUCAAUGAUGAGAUUAAGGCAGUGAUACGGCAGAUCACAGCGUCGGUGACAUUCCUACCCCUGCUGGAGGAGAACUGUUCCUUUGACCUGCUGAUCUACACAGACAAAGACCUGGAGGUUCCUGAGACAUGGGAGGAGUCUGGUCCUCACUUCAUCGCCAAGUCUGAGGAGGUCAGACUGCGCUCCUUCAGCACCUCCAUUCACAAGGUGGACGCCAUGGUCUGCUACAAGAACGCUGACUGAACAGGACUCUGUCUCUUCACAUCUGCAGCUGUGGUCUCUUGUAAUAUAUGGGGGGAACACAUGGGCAUAGAGUACUGCACCUGCACGAAACCCAUAAUGUAUUGUGCAUAGCACUUCGGUGGAAUGUCUCAUAUAAGGUCUUGUUUGCAUAUACCCGGGUAUAUAUGGUUAACAUUCCAUCUGUAGUUUCCAAAUGUUAUGUCAGAAAAGAUAUUGUCUGCAACAGGCAAAAAUUUUUGAUGCAACGUUGACCAAAAAUCCAACGAAAAUCGUGAAAAAUCUGGGUUUUGCGCAGGCGCAGUACGUUCUGCUUAUGGGGGUGAGGAAUAGCCUGGUAUCAUCCUAUACUAGCUCUGGUAUGAUCCUCUAAUUGUAAUAGGUUCCCUGCAGAAUAUUCUGCUACCUAGAGAAAAUAUUUUCAUUCAGAUACUUUUGUAUUGGCCUAAGAUAUAAGGGCUCUGAACUAUGGCUUCAAGUCUUGCAGUCCUUGGUUAUGGGGCUCAAAUACACAUUCAGAAGUUCAAUCCUCGUCUCUCUGCUUCAAACAAUAUUUGAUACCCAAAAUAAUUCAUGUUGUAAGAGUUUAAAGUUUAAACUUACUACAACAGAUUAAACAGCUAACCGUCUAAUUUAAGCAUAUUUUUCUGCAGUAUCUUUAAGAUUGAUUAUGACUGAACAGAAAUCCCUGCUGCUGACUUAUUCAUGUGUGUAUAUGGGUUGAUAGAAGUCAGCUGGUAGAAAAUCACCUGUCAGUCCAUAACUGAACUGCAGAACUUGUCAGCUGUUAUAUUCCUGAUCUAGCCUAACAGUUAUGGUGUCUGGCAGAGAUAUAGCUAGAUUUGCUAUACAAUAGGAUACUGUGGAAUGGUUGCUGUUGUGUAUUUAUGCAUCCUGUUGUAAAACAGCAUCCAUACCACUCUAUGAUGCCACCUAGCAUCUGACUACUGAACUGCAAUAUGCAUAGCACAGCAAUAAAUUUGCCCAAUAUUACUUAGCGAUAUAGUGAUACAGCCAUGACCAAUGUGGGUUUCCUGAGUUCGUGACUGAAGCAUCAUUUUACCAAGACUGUACACAUGUAGUAUUAUAUCUAUACCUUCAAAACUAUUUUGUAGUUUCUAUCAGAAUAAACUUUUGUAAGAU